AUGAUUGAUUUGAAUGAACUUCCCAUGGAUGAUGAUGAUGAUGAUAUUAGGAUUAAUGUAUGUGGUGGAGAAAUAGAUGAACACUCUGUUGAGAAUGAGAAUAAUUUUGAGCCUUUUAUUGAUCAAUCUUUUCUAAGUGAAGAAGAAGCUUGUAAGUUUUAUGAGAUAUUUUCAAAAAGAAGUGGUUUUUCUGUUCAAAAAGGAAGAUUCACAACAAGUAAAAAGGAUGGCAAAGUGAACAGGAGAGACUUUUUUUGUCAUCGUGAGGGAUUUCCUGAUAAAAAGAUUGUGGAUGUGAAUAAGAAUCAGAGAAACAGAGAGUCUAUCCGAUGUGGAUGUAAAGCCUCUAUUCGAAUCAUCUUAAAAAGAUCUUUUGAGAUUUUUCCGGAAGAAUGGCAUGUUACAAGAUUUGUUGCGGAACAUAACCAUAAAUUAUUGCCACCUGAUCAAGUACGUUUUCUUCCAUCUUACCGUGCAAUAUCAAAAGAAGAUGAAGAGCAAAUUUUAUUAUAUAAAGAAGCAGGCCUCUCUGUUAGACAAAUAAUGAGGGUGAUGGAAUUGGAGAAAAAUAUGAGACAUUGGAGAACUUGUUUUUUCCAUAUGGAUGUUCAUAAUUUCUUAAGAAUGAUUCGGCAAAAGAAUGGACACAAUGAUGUGAUGAGUCUCCUGGAGCAGUGUAAAGUGGAGAAAAUUGAAAAUUCAAAUUUUAAAUAUGACUACACAGUUGAUGAACAAAAUAGGUUGGAGCAUAUUUUAUGGGUACCUGCACAUUGCUUCAAUGGCUACAUAAAGUAUGGAGAUGCUGUGGCAUUUGACACAACAUAUAAGGUAAUUUAUUAUGACAUGCCUUUUGGUAUAUUUGUUGGAAUUGACAAUCAUGGAAGAACAAUAUUAUUUGGUUCUGCUCUGCUCAGGAAUGAAACUCUGGACACAUUUCAAUGGCUGAUGAAGACUUUUGUUACACUCAUGAGAAAGCCUCCUCAGACUAUCAUUACUGAUCAAGAUGCAUGUAUUAAACAAGCUAUAAAAGUUGAAAUGCCACUAUGCCAUUCACCAAGCAUGCGUUUUGUAUUUGGUAUAUCACCUCAAAAUUUAGUAGCUGGUUUAUCUCAAUUCUCAGGGAGAAAUAUUUUACUUGGUGUGGUUGAUCUUGCUAUUCAAGAUAUUGGACAGAGUAACCUGCAUCACACCAUGUUGGAUACUUACAGAGGUUCAUCUUUAAGAACACUGUCUGUUGGGUUUGUGGAGUCAGAUUCAGAAUAG